AGCCGGCAGCAGACGAUGUCCACCAACGUGGUGUACCAAGCCCACCAUGUCAGCAGGAAGAAGAGAGGCCAAGUGCUGGGCACCAGGGCUGGGUUCCGAGGCUGCACAGUCUGGCUGACAGGCCUUUCAGGAGCUGGCAAGACAACCCUUGGCUUUGCCCUGGAGGAGUUCCUGGUGUCCCAUGGCAUCCCCUGUUACUCCCUGGACGGGGACAACGUGAGGCAUGGCCUGAACAAGAACCUGGGCUUCUCGUCGGCCGACCGGGAGGAGAACAUCCGGCGCAUCGCCGAGGUGGCGCGGCUCUUCGCCGAUGCUGGUCUGGUCUGCAUCACCAGCUUCAUCUCCCCUUUCUCCAAGGACCGGCAGAACGCCCGGAGGAUUCACGAGGCAGCAGGGCUGCCUUUCUUUGAGAUCUUUGUAGAUGCUCCUCUCAACAUCUGUGAAAGCAGAGAUGUGAAGGGCCUCUACAAAAAGGCAAGAGCUGGAGAGAUCAAAGGCUUCACUGGGAUUGACUCAGAGUAUGAGAAGCCUGAAUCUCCUGAGCUGGUGCUGAAGACCAACCUUGCAUCUGUGUCUGAGUGCAUCCAGCAGGUGGUGGAGCUCCUCCAAGCCCAAAACAUUGUGCCCCAGAGCUCAGUGAAGGAUGUGCUGGAGCUGUUUGUCCCUGAGAACGAGCUGGAGAGGGUACGAGCUGAGGCUGAGACACUGCCCUGCCUGCAGAUCACUGAGGUGGACCUGCAGUGGCUGCAGGUGCUGAGCGAGGGCUGGGCCACGCCGCUGACCGGCUUCAUGCGGGAGGCAGAGUACCUGCAGGUCAUCCACUUUGGCACCCUGCUGAAUGAGGGCGUGGUGAACCUGAGCGUGCCGAUCGUGCUGCCGGUGUGCAGGGAGGACAAGGAGCGGCUGGAGGGCUGCGCGGCGCUGGCGCUGUGCCGGGCGGGCCGCAGGCUGGCCGUGCUCCGGCGCCCCGAGUUCUACGAGCACAGGAAGGAGGAGCGCUGCGCCCGCGUCUGGGGCACCACCUGCGCCAAGCACCCGCACAUCAAACUGGUGCUGGAGAGUGGGGACUGGCUGCUGGGAGGAGACCUGCAGGUGCUGGAGAGGAUCCGGUGGAACGAUGGCCUGGACCAGUACCGCCUCACCCCCCGGGCACUGCGGCAGAGGUUCAGGCAGAUGGACGCUGACGCGGUGUUCGCGUUCCAGCUGCGCAACCCCGUUCACAACGGGCACGCCCUGCUGAUGCAGGAGACGCGGCGCCAGCUGCUGCAGCGGGGGUACCGCAACCCCGUGCUGCUGCUGCACCCCCUGGGCGGCUGGACCAAGGACGACGACGUGCCGCUGGCCUGGCGCAUGCGGCAGCACGCCGCCCUGCUGCAGGACCGCGUCCUGGAGCCCUCCUCCACCGUCCUGGCCAUCUUCCCCUCCCCCAUGCUCUACGCCGGCCCCACCGAGGUGCAGUGGCACUGCCGUGCCCGGAUGGUGGCUGGCGCCAACUUCUACAUCGUGGGGCGUGACCCGGCAGGGAUGCCCCACCCCGACACCCAGAAGGACCUCUAUGAGCCCACGCAGGGAGGGAAGGUCCUGGGCAUGGCUCCGGGGCUGACCUCUGUGGAGAUCAUCCCCUUCCGGGUGGCAGCUUACAACAAGCAGAAGAGGGCCAUGGACUUCUAUGACCCCAAGAGGCACGAGGAAUUUGACUUCAUCUCAGGGACACGCAUGAGGAAGCUGGCACGGGAGGGUGCAGACCCACCCGAGGGCUUCAUGGCCCCCAAGGCUUGGAAGGUCCUGACUGAGUACUACCAAUCUCUGGAGAAGAAUUGACCCUGCUGCUGCUGCCUAGCAAUUCCUGUAUUAAGAGUGAGCCA